AUGCAAGCUUGCGAAUCUGAAGCGGCACCGGGACGCCCGGCUUUUCAGCUCCGACGCACAACGAGCGCGGAGCUCCUGGUGCGAGACGAAACAGCGGACGAAGAAGACGAUGCGGAAUUUUCCAGCGACGACGAGUCCUUUCGCUUCCGGCCGCCUUCAGUCGCCUCAACAUCGACAUCUCAACGGUCCUCGCGACGCGGUGUGCGGAUACAAGACUGGACGGAGAGGCCCAGCGGCAGUUUCGUACGGGAUGUUCGAAUAACGAGCUAUCAUGCCGUCGGAUCCGAGAGCGGCGGCUUCGUCGUCUUUGACAUCGAGAUUGACACGCUUCCGGUCAACUCGACGAGCCAGGGCACCACAAUACGCAUACAUCACCGCUAUUCCGCCUUUGCUCGCCUACGAUCCGACCUUCUCUACGCCCAUCCUCGCUUCCGCAACAUCGUUCCUCGUCUCCCGCCGAAGUCUUCCCUCGGUGGAUCACGUCGUUGCCUUUCAAGCUGUCUGCAGUCGCCUGACAUCUCGCUCCGCAGCCAAGUACCGCCCGUCGUUCCUCGAGCGACGGAGACAGCGACUCGCCUUCUUCCUCGCGACCAUCCUCCUUCACCCGAUUCUCGGCGGCGAUCCUAUCGUGCGUCAAUGGGUGCUGGAGUAACUUAUCGACCCGUCCUGUUGUUGUAG